CACAAUACCGGACAAAACAUCAGCUACAUCAGCAACAAAUUUGAAACGAUACAUCGAGUAGAAGCAUCUGACCGGCCUUCGAGCAUGCUUAUUUAAAAAAAGAAGAGGAAAUGAACAUGAACUAGUUGUUUUUUGGACUAAGAAGGAGUUUUUCUCUGGAAGGAGGGACCUACACAAUAAGGUGGAGCCCACAGCUGUUCCCUUGACCUUUAUAAGGAAAAGACCUAAAAGCCUGACAGACGGAGCCUGCAGCCGUCCUUCAUUCAAGGUCGUCUUGUUGCACACUGCACAGCCAUCAUGUCUGAUUCAGAAGAGACUGCAGCCCAUGUGGAGACAGCCUCUACUGAUACUGAUGCAGUGAUUUCAGUUGACGAUGACACCAUUGGAAGAAGUACCUGGCGUCAGAGUUAUAUUACCGUUAUAAAUUACAGCUCUCUAUCCACCCUCUUUAACCCCUGUCUGUACACGCAGAGUGGUCGCUGCACUCAAACUCCGCCCCAGCAUAUUGGCGUGCAGUCAUCUGGCACUGCACUGUUCACCAAGACUGCCUACACUGCUCGAGGAUCUGUUGGCGUCAUGACUUAUGACCUCCAGCACUCCACUUACAAAAUAGCUGUCAUGUUCUCUGUGCCCUACAACUAUAACCAGUUCUCUAACGUGUAUACAGUGGGAAUCUUUGACAAGAGCCAAGAGUGUAAUUAUGAUCUUUAUUAUAAGAUGUACUACGACCAACCAACCACCUUUGUCCGAGGUGAAGCUAAGGGCCCCAGUCUCACUUAUAAGAGGGAUCGAGUCACCGUCGUGGCAACAAUGACAGACUUUUCUGAAGCUGUCAUAAACGUGGGCGUGAAAGACAACUGAAAUUAGUGCGUCGGGAAGAAAGUAGAUUCUCCUGCAUCCUAUUCUGCUUUGUUUUUUGGACGAAUUUAUAAGUCAUUCUGUGCCAAUGGCUAAUACAUAGUUAAUGUUAAUGUAUGGUUAUUUCUUUCCCAAGCAUUAAGAAUUAGAAAUACAAGCUUAAGAUGUCUAUGUUGCUUUACAAUAAAACACAAUACACUGCUUUGGUGUUAUAGAGACUGUAAUAUGUAAUAACUGUAGUAGAGCAGAUGAUACAUUUUGAUACAUGUGUUGUGAUUUCACCUGUAACGUUUAUUGACUUUUUGGCUUUAUAAGAUUAUGUAAACUGUCUUAUGCACGGCUUUCAACAGCACUUCAGGUUGAAAUCUCAAGCAUUUAAUAAA